GGGAGGCGCGGGCCCCGCCGUGGGCGCGGAGGGGCCGCAGGCACCGGCGGGAGCUGCUUGCUUGCUUCCCUACCUCCCUGUCUGCCUGCCGCAAGGACGGGGUGACUCCGGCUCCGCUGCGGUACGGUACGGCAGGGGCGAGGAGCGGAGCGAGCCGCCCUCCGCGGAGCCCGCCGCGGGGCGCCGGAGCCGCAGUGCUGCGCGCCCCUGGGAGAUCUUCAAACAACAACUUUUUUACGUGAAGUGAGAGCAGUGGAGAGGAGAUGGCCAGCUCAGCCCGAGAACAUCUGCUUUUCGUGCGGCGUCGCAACCCCCAGCUGCGGUACACGCUGAGCCCAGAGAACCUGCAGAGUUUGGCAUCUCAGGGCACCAUGCCUGAGAACAUGAACUUGCAGCGUGCCAACAGUGACACUGAUUUAGUCACCUCGGAUAGCAGGUCCAGUUUGACAGCCAGUAUGUAUGAAUACACCUUGGGGCAAUCUCAGAACCUCAUCAUUUUCUGGGAUAUUAAGGAGGAAGUGGAUCCAACGGACUGGAUCGGACUUUAUCACAUAGAUGAGAACUCCCCAGCCAAUUUCUGGGAUUCCAAGAACCGGGGAGUAACUGGCACACAAAAGGGACAAAUUGUCUGGAGAAUCGAACCUGGCCCCUAUUUCAUGGAGUCUGAAAUAAAGAUCUGUUUUAAAUACUACCAUGGUGUUAGUGGAGCCCUCCGAGCUACUACUCCAUGUAUCACUGUGAAAAACCCUGCUGUGAUGAUGGGAGUAGAAGGCACAGAGGAAGGUGCUUCUGGAGCCCAGCACUCUAGGAAGUUAGUCAGCUUUACUCUCUCAGAUAUUAGAGCAGUUGGACUUAAAAAAGGCAUGUUCUUCAACCCUGAUCCUUACCUAAAGAUGUCCAUUCAGCCAGGCAAGAAAAGUACAUUUCCUACAUUUGCUCAUCAUGGUCAGGAGAGAAGGUCGACUAUCAUCAGUAACACCACUAAUCCUGUUUGGCACAGAGAGAAAUAUUCUUUUGUUGCACUUCUAACAGAUGUCCUGGAAAUUGAGGUUAAAGAUAAAUUUGCCAAAAGCCGUCCCAUCAUCAAGCGCUUCCUCGGGAAGUUGACCAUCCCAGUUCAGAGGCUACUGGAGAGGCAUGCAAUUGGAGACCAAGUUCUCAGCUAUAAUCUUGGCAGGAGGCUCCCAGCUGAUCAUGUGAGUGGGUAUCUCCAAUUCAAAGUGGAAAUCACAUCAUCUGUUCAUGAAGAUGCUUCUCCAGAGACAGUCGGCACUUUGCUGGGAGUCAACUCUGUCAAUGGAGACUUGGGGAGCCCCUCUGAUGAUGAGGACGUGCCCACGGGACACCACGAUACCUCCACGGUGUGUUCCAACGGCCCAGUCCUCGAGGAUUCUUCUGGAGAAGCAAUCCUCAGGCACCCUUUAAGGACUAGUACCACUCUGGAAACGGACCAGGAUGAGCUGACCUCCGGUGCUUCGAGAUCAUCACCUCCCAGAGGUCGCCAGGACUCACUCAAUGAUUAUCUGGAUGCAAUAGAACACAAUAACCAUCCCAGGCCUGGGACCUCUGCCUGUGCUGAGCGGCCACGCGGGGCCUCCCCAAAACUGAGGAGCAGCUUUCCCACUGACACGAGGCUUAAUGCUAUGCUUCACAUUGACUCAGAUGAGGAGGAGCAUGAGCUGCAUCAAGACCUGGGGUUUCCGUCUUCCUUGGAGGACGAUGGUGGUUUAGUCAUGCUUAAUGGUGCUACAAGAAAUGCUGAAAGAAACGAUGCCAGUUCCUCAUCAGAUCAGGUAAGGCCGGGGCCUGCAGAGAAUGAAAACCUUUCAGCCUCUGAGGCUCCUUUGCCAUCAGCUGAUGACCAGCAAGAGGCUCUCCCAGAGCUUCCACCGUCCCAGGAAGCUGAAAGCCUGCAAGGCUCUCCCAGCCAAGCACCAGCAGACCAGGCUGGCAGCGAGUCCUGUGCAACCCAGGAGGCAGAGCAGGCUCCCAGCAGCACGGACGCCGGAGCUGCUGAGGCCUCUGCUGGCAGCAGGAGGGGUGCAAGCGAAACAGAAUCCAUCGACCAAGGGUCUGAACCUUCUCAGAUGUCCUCAGAAACCGAGCAGAGCGACCCUGCGCGCACUGAAAGCGUCAGCGAGGCGAGUACCCGGCCGGAGGGCGAGAGCGACGCCGAGGGGGCUGACAGCUCCUGCAACGAAAGUACCACCGUGCGCAGGGCCUCGGUGGAGAGGAGGUGUUCUUCUUCUGAAAGCCCCGGGCUCCCGGAGGCUCCAGCCUUUCCUUCCCAGGAGGAGGAAGAGGAGGAGGAGGGAGCCUGCGCCGGCGACACGGCAAGAGCCGAGGCGGCCGCUGAAGGGCGGGAUUCUGCGGGGGCUUCUGGUUCCCUACCUGCGGUCCAGUUGCCUCCGGAGGAAGGGCAGGAGGCUGAGGGAGGGGAGCUGCAGGACCCAGAGGAGGCAGAAGAAGUCUGGCAGAGAAGAAGCCUGCAGGCAGCAGCUGCCAACAGCCAGUCUCUGGAGGAGGAAACUGAGGGAGCCCAAGCAGCCUGUGAGGGUGCCACUGCACAGCUCGAAGGAGCUACUGGAGGUUCUCAAGCCAAUGGCCAUCAGCCCUUGAGGUCUCUGCCCUCGGUACGUCAGGAUGUUAGCCGGUACCAGAGAGUGGAUGAGGCUCUACCACCAAACUGGGAGGCUCGAAUAGACAGCCACGGACGGAUUUUCUAUGUGGACCACGUGAACAGAACAACAACCUGGCAGAGACCCACAGCCCCCCCAGCCCCUCAGAUUCUCCAGAGGUCAAAUUCCAUACAGCAAAUGGAACAGCUGAAUCGCAGGUACCAGAGUAUCCGAAGAACAAUGACUAAUGACAGGCCUGAAGAGCAUACAAAUGCUGUGGAUGGAGCUGGAGAGGAAGCUGACUUUCACCAUUCUAAUGCAGAUUUUCGAAGAGAGAAUGUGCUGCCUCACUCUACCUCCAGAUCCAGACUUACUUUAUUGCUCCAGUCUCCCCCUGUGAAAUUCCUUAUCAGCCCAGAGUUCUUUACAGUGCUGCAUUCUAACCCUAGUGCCUACCGCAUGUUUACAAAUAACACGUGUUUGAAGCACAUGAUCACCAAAGUCCGGCGGGACACCCACCACUUCGAGCGCUACCAGCAUAACCGAGACCUGGUGGGCUUCCUCAACAUGUUUGCUAACAAACAGCUGGAGCUGCCCAGAGGCUGGGAAAUGAAACAUGACCAUCAGGGCAAGGCUUUCUUUGUCGACCACAACUCCCGCACCACCACGUUCAUCGACCCCCGGCUGCCCCUGCAGAGCAGCAGACCCACCAGCGCCUUGGUGCACCGCCAGCACUUAACCCGGCAGCGCAGCCACAGCGCUGGGGAGGUCGGAGAAGACUCCCGCCAUUCAGGACCCCCAGUUCUGCCCAGGCCAUCCAGCACAUUCAACACAGUCAGCAGAGCUCAGUACCAGGACGUGGUUCCAGUGGCUUACAAUGACAAGAUUGUUGCAUUUUUACGGCAGCCCAAUAUCUUUGAAAUUCUACAAGAGCGUCAGCCAGAUCUUACCAGGAAUCAUUCACUCAGGGAGAAGAUCCAGUUCAUCCGGACAGAGGGGACCCCUGGGUUAGUGCGUUUGUCCAGCGAUGCAGACCUUGUCAUGUUGCUCAGCUUGUUUGAGGAGGAGAUCAUGUCAUAUGUGCCACCACAUGCCUUACUUCAUCCCAGUUAUUGCCAGUCCCCAAGAGGCUCACCAGUGUCUUCACCUCAGAACUCUCCAGGUACUCAGCGUGCCAAUGCCCGAGCUCCAGCUCCUUACAAAAGAGAUUUUGAAGCCAAGCUGAGGAACUUUUACAGGAAGUUGGAGACUAAAGGAUAUGGACAAGGCCCAGGGAAAUUGAAAUUAAUCAUCAGGAGAGAUCACUUGCUGGAAGAUGCCUUUAACCAGAUCAUGGGCUACUCAAGAAAAGACCUGCAGAGAAAUAAACUCUAUGUCACGUUUGUGGGGGAAGAAGGGUUGGACUACAGUGGACCUUCAAGAGAGUUCUUUUUCCUGGUGUCUAGAGAGCUCUUCAAUCCAUAUUAUGGUUUGUUUGAAUAUUCAGCCAAUGAUACCUAUACAGUACAAAUCAGUCCCAUGUCUGCUUUUGUAGACAAUCACCAUGAGUGGUUUAGGUUUAGUGGUAGAAUUCUUGGUCUUGCUCUGAUACAUCAGUAUUUGCUGGAUGCCUUUUUUACACGACCCUUUUAUAAAGCCCUCCUCCGAAUACUCUGUGACCUGAGUGACCUGGAAUAUCUUGAUGAGGAGUUCCACCAGAGUUUGCAGUGGAUGAAAGACAACGAUAUACACGAUAUCCUAGAUCUCACAUUUACUGUAAAUGAAGAAGUUUUUGGGCAGAUUACAGAACGGGAAUUAAAGCCAGGAGGUGCCAAUAUCCCAGUCACUGAAAAGAAUAAGAAAGAAUAUAUAGAAAGAAUGGUGAAAUGGAGAAUUGAGAGAGGAGUUGUACAGCAAACAGAAAGCCUAGUUCGUGGUUUCUAUGAGGUGGUUGAUGCAAGGCUCGUGUCUGUGUUUGAUGCCAGAGAACUGGAACUGGUUAUAGCUGGAACAGCAGAAAUUGACUUGAGUGACUGGAGAAAUAAUACAGAGUAUAGAGGAGGUUAUCAUGACAAUCACAUAGUAAUUCGGUGGUUCUGGGCUGCUGUGGAAAGAUUCAACAAUGAACAACGACUAAGACUUCUACAGUUUGUGACAGGCACAUCCAGCAUUCCUUAUGAAGGAUUUGCCUCUCUCCGGGGGAGCAAUGGUCCAAGAAGAUUCUGUGUAGAGAAGUGGGGGAAGAUCACUGCUCUUCCAAGGGCUCACACUUGUUUCAAUCGCCUGGACCUUCCCCCUUAUCCAUCAUUCUCUAUGCUAUAUGAAAAACUGUUGACAGCAGUUGAAGAGACAAGUACUUUUGGACUCGAGUGAUACACAAACCACAGUGCCCAGCUCGUUGGACUUUUGGGGCUCUGUCUUCUCAAGGAAAGAAUGAACGUUUGCAUUGGAUUUCCUAGAGGAAAAUUGUUUCAGGGUGCAAUUCAAAUAAUGAGGUCCCAUGAAAGAUCUUAGGAAGCCAUUAAAAAGCAUUGUGGUAGUGGCAGAAUUCUCUGCAGUGGAACUAGAGAAUGGCUGAUGUGCAGUGGAAACCAAGUCUUGCAUCCCCUGUGUUUUUUCAGGAUGGCCAAACUUCAGUUUGUGUUUGGAGCAAACAAGAAACGUGAUCCCAUGCUGUGACCAACCUGAAGACUGCAAACCUGACAUGUACCCCAAAACUGGAGUUCAGCACAGUCAUCCAGCAGAAAAUUCCAUUCCAAAUCUGAAAUCAUUCAGCCCCUCACCUUCCCAGUCAAUUAUAAAAAAAAGAUUAAAAUCACACCAUAGGUUUUUUUUAUUUUUUAAUUUUAAAUUCACCAAGAUACAUUACUUUGUGCCAUGUGUUAUAACAGCAUAUCCAGUCCUUGCUUCACCUAAGAUUCUGAGUGCCUGCAUGGUGUGCACCAGAGAGCUGGAGUUCCUGGGACAGAAGUGAGUUGGAAGGAAAGUCAGCAACAAAGAAUGUCACAACAACAAGGAGCAGUGAGGUGGUUUGUGGAACUGUGUUUGCCAGUGGUGUGUAUGACAACAGAUGAGCUGUUAUAAAUGAACUUAAUAAGACUGAUCUUAUGCUUUACACUGCAUGGAAACUAUUUUAAGAAGAAACUAGCAAUUUAUCACAGCAUAUCAGGAAAAAAAAAACCCUAACACCGUGACUUCUGUUUAUUUUUAUAGGUUCGUUAUAUUAUGUUUCUUAGAGUGUAACCAGGAAACAAGCAAACUAAAAUGCCAUUUCUGUUUUUUGUCACCUCCCAUGCUUGAACAGACAUUCUGCUAGUGUUUAUUCUUUAAGCACUCUCAAGGGAAAAAAAAAUGCCUUUUAUUUUUAUAAGAGUAAAAAAACUCCCAAAAAUAUUUUGCACUGAAUGUACCAAAGUUGAAGGGACAUUAUGAGCUGACUGAUAGCAAACUGCAUCACUAUCAAGUAUCUGUAAAAAUGCUUAGGAACCAGGCUUUCUUCACGGUGCCAGCUCUAUAGAUAUCAAGACUGUGCACAUAAGUAAUAAUUUUAUAAUACUCUAUGUGAUAUUGUAAUAUGCAUUUAUUUUAAAUGCAUCCGAGUCAUUUUUCAUGCAUUGGGUAACUUAAUACAGUGGAGUUUAAUACGGAUAUUUCAUAUACUCCCCACAACUUUUUAUUUGUACAGCACCAUAAAACACUGGCUCGUUUGGAAACCCAUCAGUUAGGCUGCUUUAAGGUGAACCACUGGUCAUGAUGCCACCAUCCCACAUCAGUGAACACCUGCAAGAUGUACACUGGUCAUAGUGUCUCAGCUAAUUGUGUUACCACUCUUAAAUAGUUUUCUUACCAAAUGCUAUUUGGAGAGAGGUUUUUGCGGCGUAUCAAGCACUGCAUGGACCCCACUUCCUUUAUGCUUCAUUUUGCUGAAAUACACCAGGCUUGCUCGCAUCUAUUUUUGGUACUUUCCUCCAGUUGGUCUUGUGGAACACUUUGUGCAGCUGUGUGCAGUGCUUCUUGCACAGCUGCUGUCACUCAGUGCAUCCAUCAUAGUUCAGAAUUCCAGGAAGCUGCACUCAGAUACUGGAUGACCAGAACAUCAAGCUAGCUUUGGGCUAGCCCUCUUGCUAUAGCACUGAAGCCCAGCAAGCCCAGUUCUGUGGGAAAAGUAGCUUUGGAAGUAAUGUUCUCACUUUGGAGACUCUUGAGAGGGCAUCUCAGGGAGGUAUCCUGCUGGGUCUUGAGGGAAUUGGGGUGUUUUUUUCCAGCAGAGGGGAACGUCUAUGGAGAUGUCAUCAGCAAAGACUGUCAGAAGGCAGGUGCAGCUCUGGUGGUGGCAGCAAGGACUUGAGAAAACCCUUCAGGCUUACUGAGGAAAAUGUUACCCGUGCACAGGAAAACCCACCUGCAAAAUCAGAGUGAAAGCAUUCUUUUCUUUCAGGAAUAACUGAGCUUCUGAAUGACAUCUGGGGACUCAAGUAACAAGGGUUUCCUUAGGUUGCUUCUGGCUGGUGUGAAGUAGCCAAGAAAAGCCCAAAACACAUCACCCUCUUUUUACACAUACACUUAAUCAGCCUUUGCUAAGAUUGCAUGCCACAGAUCCUGAUGCACAUCUUUUUGCAGAACACAAAUGAGCAGUAGGCAAACUGACUUCUCAUCAGGUCACUCCAGCAUGGCUCAUGUUUCAUCUGAUCCAUUCACUGAGUAGCUAAACCUCUGGCACUCAAAGCAGAAUGCAACUUUUGCUUGGUUGAAGGAUUGCAGAACUUUGGUUUUACAAUACUGUGUUAUCUGUGGUCUAAAAAGGGGAUUUCCCAGGUGGAAACUGUAUCUACAAGUUUUGAACCAGAAACUCUUUGGAAUGAAAAGUUUAAAUAUUUGGCACAAAGUAAGUUUAUACUAGUCUGCCUUUUAAGUUAUGCUUUUGUACAAAUCGAAAACAAUAAACGCAUCUUGUCAAUUUUUAUUUAAAUAUA